GAUGAAAUGCUUUAAAACACAGGUUGUGCCAGCAGUUAGAAAAUUGAUGCCUAAUGUGUACAUCAAUAUAAAUAAUUGUCAAUUUUAAUUUGAAAAAUGAAUUUAACGUUUUGCGUAUUUUGGUGUUACCUUUGGUUGAGUUCAUCAGCGUAUGAUAAUAGUGUCAUAAAACGUGUGGGCAAAGAUGUACACAAUUUAAGAUCGUUAUCAAGUCAGAAAAAUAUCAUCAAAAACAAAUGGUUUGUACAGGAUCUGGAUCAUUUUAACGUUACUGAUACUAGAACGUGGAAACAGAGGUAUCAUAUGAAUUUGAAAUACUAUAAAAUAGGUGGCCCGGUAUUUUUGUUGGUUGGAGGAAGAGAAGAAAUUUUAUAUAGUUGGAUGAUCUCCGGGGCGUGGAUUGAAUACGCUCAAAUUUGUAAUGCCGCGUGUUUUCAAUUGGAACAUCGGUAUUAUGGAAUGAGCCAUCCCACUGAUAAUUUAAACACUUCAAAUUUAGUGUACCUGACCAUUGAACAAGUAUUAGCAGACCUGGGAACAUUUAUAAAUACCAUUUCGAUUGAAAAAAAUCAACUAUUGGCUCAUGCUAAAUGGGUAGGAUUUGGUUCAUCGUAUUCAGGAAGUUUAGUUACCUGGUUAAGAUUGAAAUAUCCACAUCUUGUACACGCCACAGUUUCGUCGAGUAGUCCUCUAAAGGCGAAAAUAAAUUUUGAAGAAUAUUUUAUGGCUGUCCAAAAAACAUUAUCAGUUUAUAAUCAAAAAUGUGAAUUAAAUAUUAGACAAGCAAAUAAAAUUAUUAGCGAUCAUUUACAGACCGACUAUGGAGCAAAGUACAUCCAAACAAAAUUCAAUACAUGCGCUCAUAAUUUAAACAAUGCUACGAAAAAUGUACAACAAUUGUUUAGAGACAUAUCUAGAUUUAUUGGACUAAUUGUACAAGAUGAUGAAGAUGACAGAGAGUACAAAAAAAUUAUUGGAUCAAGGGUAACAUUCGGAUCAUUAUGUGAUAUAAUGUUAGACAACAUGUUAGGAAGUACAGUUGACAGAUAUGUAGCUGUUAUCAAAAAGUACUUAUCCGUUUAUGGUACACAAUGUUUAUCAAAUACAUAUGAAUGGCGAGUAAAGUAUUUUGCAGAGUCGUCUUGGAACAGCACAGCAGUAAAAUGUGGAAAUCGCCAAUGGUUGUACCAAACCUGUACAGAGUUCGGUUUUUUUCAAACAUCCAAUCAGGAUAAUCAUUUGUUUGGUAAUACUGUAUCAUUAGAAUACUAUACUGAUUUGUGCACUGAUGUUUUUGGAAAAUCAUUUAAUUUGAAUACAUUAAGUAAGGCAGUGAAUAAAACCAAUAUGAUGUACGGUGGUUCCAGAUCAAGAGCAAGCAGGAUUGUUUUUGUACAAGGAUCUAUCGAUCCGUGGAAUACAUUAGGUCUAUCAUUUUCGCCAAAAGAUUCCUUUACAGUUCUUAUUAAAGGAACAUCUCAUUGUGCAGACAUACAUCCUUCAUAUUCAUCGGACCCUCCACAGUUAACGGAAGCUCGUAUAAAGAUUUCAACGUAUUUAAAAAAGUUUUUGAAGGAAGAGGAUUUUUUGACUGAUAUCAUUAUUAGUUAAGCUGGGUCAAAUUUAAACCUAACCUAACCUAAGGAAAAAAUUAACUUUUAAGAAGACGACCACCCAUUAAAUCUCUCAUUCCCAAAUCAAACUAAUUCUUAAGAGGACGCUACUCAUGAAUUUGUUGUCUCCAUGUUACUAACGUGUGACUUAGACAAUUUUCGUUUACUAAUUUCCAUUGUGUGUAGUUAGUUUGAUAUUAGUGCAAAUUAACCUACUUUAAAACUUUUCUGUGCUUAAACGUCAGCUUUUUAUUUGAUAUUUUAAUUUUCAAGCAAGGUAUGAUCAUUUUUAAUUUGUGAUAUUUCACAUGCCCAUAUCUUGCUUGAAAAUUAAAAUAUUAAAAAAAAUCACCGACGCUUAAGCACAGAUUAUAUUCUAAAUUCUUACCUAAAAGUUUCGUAAUAUACAAUUCGUAAACGACAAUUUUCUAUGUAUAAUACGUUAGUAGUAAGUCGGAGACAACAAACGCAUGGGUAGCGUCUUCUUAAUCUACAACAUAUAAUAUUCCCAGUCGAAUUGUAUUCAGACAUUCAAAGGUUCCUCCCUCAUUUAUAAUUGACAUAAACAAAACCAUUAAGCGUUUAUUUUCUUGAAGACUUUAAAUCCCUUGACAGUUUUGUUAUCUCCUAGUUCUUAUUAUGAUUUCUGCUCAGACUUUCUCCCUGCUCAGAGAUCUAUAAAUAUAUAUGCUAGGUACUCAAUAGUCGAACCUCAACCACAGCCAAAUAUCUAGGGCUAACAUUAGACAUAAACUAACGUGGGCCCCUCGCAUGAAAUUUAAAUUAAUUAAUUUAAAUUUUCACCUAUGUUUACUAUUUUACUUAAAUAUAGUAUUAAUAAAUUAUAAUAAUAAAUACACACACUUAGCAUUGGUUUAAACACAAAUGUAUGUUUUUUUAAAUGGUGAUAUUUUUUUCAAACCGGAUUUUAUUUAUAUAAGCCCAACAAAGUCUAAAAUAUCACAAUUUUCAAAUGCACAAUUUGUUCAAAGCGUUCUUUAGACAAAUCACCCAUAAUUCGGUAAUAAUCGUUGGUUUCACUCUGAAACAUUGUAAGCAUUGAUAGACGGUAUAUCAGGUGAUAUUACGCCAAUUUUAAGGUCAAAACCACUCUCUUAACCGGGACAACACGAUUUUACUUUUAUCGCGUAGAUUUUUUCUUAGAUGAAAAUGGUAAAAAGUGCACAAUCAUGUAUACUCUAUCUGCCCUGCAUGGUGCCCCGCAGCUUUAAGCAUUCAAAAACAAAUAUUAUGUUAAAUAUGUUGUUACAAAAAUCCUUAAUGUAUAACAAUCAAUGCUUGUGAAUCGGGAAGGAUCGCGGAGAAGGAGUCACCCACAAUAUAUUUAACAAGUCGAAGUUUAUAUUUCGUAAUUGAAUUAUUCAAAAGACAAAGGUCCAUAUUUAUAAA